CGUGUGCACGCGGAAGCCAGUCACCGCAAACGGCUUUUCGCGGCCGAAAUUUCGUUUGCGCGCUCCAACAACUGCGAUGAGGUCCAUCGGCCGACUGACAGCAUGGCAGCCGACGACGCUCCUGACCCUGCGCCAAGCGCCUCGCCCGCGGACCCUGCCGCCGCGCCUGCCGAGCAACCCGCCAGCACGCACAAUGGCCACCGAGGCCACCGGGACCACAAGCGCAAACACGCCGGCUUCGGCAGCGCAAACCCGCAGAGGCGAGGUCGCCGACAAGCGCGAGCAGGUCCAGAACAACCGCAAUGCCAAGCGGCGCCGCGUGAUUGACGAGAAGACCGACGGCACUAGCUACAUGAGCAUCACCUUCACGCCCGAGGAGAUCGCCGCCGAGGAGCGCCGCCCGAAGCGCAAGGUCGCCGUGCUGAUCGGCUACGCCGGCACGGGCUACCACGGCAUCCAGAUCAACCACAAGGAGAAGACUAUCGAGGGCGACAUCUUCGCCGCCUUCGUCGCCGCCGGCGCCAUCUCCAAGGCGAACGCCGACGACCCCAAGAAGUCCAGCCUGGUGCGCUGCGCCCGCACCGACAAGGGCGUCCACGCCGCCGGCAACGUGCUGUCGCUCAAGCUGAUCGUCGAGGACGAGGACGUGGUCGACCGCAUCAACCAGCACCUGCCCGAGCAGAUCAGGGUAUGGGGCAUCCAGCGCACCAACAACGGCUUCAGCUGCUACCAGGCCUGCGACUCCCGCUGGUACGAGUACCUGAUGCCGAGCUACGCCCUGCUGCCGCCCCAGCCCCACAGCUUCCUGGGCAAGAAGCUCGCCGAGUCCGCCCGCGAGAAGGGCGUGGCCGCCGAGUACACCAGCCGGCUGGACGACGUCGCGGGCUUCUGGGAGGAGGUGGAGAAGAGGGACAUCCGGCCGAUCCUCGAGAAGCUGGACCCCGAGGUCAGGGCGGAGGUCCUGCGCAAGCUGCACGACACGGCGGAUCAGGAGCUCACCGACGAGGAGGGCAUGCCGAUGCGGCCCGAUGCCGAGGUCGCGGCGCCGACGACAGCGCCGAGCGAGGACACCGCGCCGCAGUCGACCGCCGAAAACGCGGCGUCGCCGGCUCCGCCCGAGGGGGCAAGCGCAAGCGCAAGCGCACCACAGCCGAAGGCCGAGCGGGAACUGACCCCGCUGGAGCUGGCCCUCCGCGAGGUCAAGGCGGCCUACGUGGCGGCCAAGCGGCGGUACCGCGUGACGCCGCCGCGCAUCGAGAGGCUGCAGCAGGCGCUCGACCUCUACGUGGGCACGCGCAACUACCACAACUACACGGUCCUCAAGUCGUACGGCGACGCGUCGGCGAAGCGGCACAUCAAGUCGUUCCGGGUCAACCCGGCGCCGAUCGUGAUCGGCGACACCGAGUGGCUGUCGCUCAAGGUGCACGGGCAGUCCUUCAUGAUGCACCAGAUCCGCAAGAUGGUCGCCAUGGCCGUCAUGGUGGUGCGCUGCGGCGCCCCGCUCGACACCAUCCUGCAGAGCUACGGCCCGCGCCGCAUCAGCAUCCCCAAGGCCCCCGGCCUCGGCCUGAUGCUCGAGCGGCCCAUGUUCACCGAGUACAACAAGCGGGCCGCGCGGCUGGGCCGCGAGCCCAUCGACUUCGCCAAGUACGAGGACAAGAUCGCCGAGUUCAAGGACAAGCACAUCUACCGCCGCAUGUUUGAGCUGGAGGAGAAGGAGAAUUCAUUCCACCUGUUCUUCAACCAGGUCGACAACUUCCGCACCGACUACUUCCUCUGGGUCACGGCCGGCGGCCUGGAGGCGUCGCACGAGCGCUCCGACAGGUUCAUAGAGAAGGUGCCGCGGGCGCUGCAGGCGGAGCUAGGCGACGACGCCGACGGCGUGGAGGAGGUGGGCACGUAGGGAGGCACAGCGUAGAUUUGUCACGAGGUAGAUUAUUGCUGGCGGCGGUAUGCUGCUCGCCCAGGCUUCGCAGCGAAUUGAAGGGUUGCAACCGCAAACAGCCGGCUGCG